GGGGCUUCGCCGCUGCCGCCGCCGCGGAGGACAGCCUUUCCGCGCGGGACUCCGGGGCACCGAUAGGGCCAUGUAAGCAGAUACCAGGAGAUCAUCAGGUUGGCCUACCUUGCAGUGUCAGAGGGCUCAGAGGUAAUUCUGUGGAUAAAGGGCAUAAAGGCUGCCUGACUUAGGGAAUCAAAUGAACAGAACAAUCAUAUGAGCAAGAGAUAGUCCUUUGUGCUUCAUGGAGAACAGAAAGUUGAACAGAGAGACCAUGUGGACAUUUCUGGCUUCUUUGGAAGAUAAGUUUAACGAGCCUCCUGGUGAGAGAAUCGCUGGCACAGGGCGGAAUGCGACCCUCCAGAGCGCCACGCUGGGCAUGGACGCCUUUUUCCGCACUUGGAGGAGCACGGGUGCUAGUGUCAUCGCCCAGUCACAAAGCUGCUAAGGCCGUCUCAGGGGCGUGGGCGUCAGGACAGGAGGGCAGCAUCCGAGGGCCACAGAGCCAUGCCUUUCGGCCUGAAGCUCCGCCGGACCCGGCGCUACAACGUCCUGAGCAAGAACUGCUUUGUCACCCGCAUCCGCCUGUUGGACAGCAACGUUAUCGAGUGCACGCUGUCUGUGGAGAGCACGGGGCAGGAGUGCCUGGAGGCGGUGGCCCAGAGGCUGGAGCUGCGGGAGACGCACUACUUUGGCCUUUGGUUUCUCAGCAAGAGCCAGCAAGCACGAUGGGUGGAGCUGGAGAAACCUCUGAAGAAACAUCUGGACAAAUUUGCUAAUGAGCCUCUGCUUUUCUUUGGAGUCAUGUUUUAUGUGCCAAAUGUGUCGUGGCUUCAGCAAGAGGCCACAAGAUAUCAGUAUUACCUGCAAGUCAAAAAAGACGUGCUUGAAGGGCGGUUGCGAUGUACGCUGGAACAGGUGAUCCGGCUGGCGGGCUUAGCUGUGCAAGCUGAUUUUGGAGACUAUAAUCAGUUUGACUCUCAUGAUUUCCUCAGAGAAUAUGUGCUAUUUCCAAUGGAUUUGGCCCUGGAAGAAGCUGUUCUGGAGGAGCUGACACAGAAGGUAGCCCAAGAACACAAAGCCCACAGUGGAAUCCUGCCAGCAGAAGCUGAGCUUAUGUACAUCAAUGAGGUGGAACGUUUGGAUGGCUUUGGACAGGAAAUCUUCCCUGUGAAGGACAAUCAUGGAAACAGUGUGCACCUGGGCAUUUUCUUUAUGGGGAUUUUCGUGAGAAACAGAAUUGGAAGACAAGCAGUAAUAUACAGCUUUCUUCUGUGCAGGUGGAAUGACAUGGGAAAUAUCACUCACAACAAGUCAACUAUCCUGGUGGAGCUCAUCAGCAAAGAGGAGACUGCCCUCUUUCACACGGAUGAUAUCGAAAAUGCCAAGUAUAUAUCUCGAUUGUUGGCUACACGGCACAAGUUUUACAAACAAAACAAAAUCUGCACUGAACAAUCAAAUUCUCCACCCCCUAUCAGACGCCAGCCCACCUGGAGCCGGUCCUCCCUGCCCCGGCAACAACCGUACAUCUUGCCUCCCAUGCAUGUCCAGUGUGGCGAACACUACUCGGAAACACACACUUCUCAAGACAGCAUCUUCCAUGGGAAUGAAGAAGCCUUGUAUUGCAACUCGCACAACAGCCUCGACUUAAGUUAUAUAAAUGGCACCGUCACCAAUGGCAGUGUGUGUAGCAUUCACAGCGUCAACUCCCUCAGUUGCUCCCAAAGCUUCAUCCAGGCUUCUCCCGUGUCCUCCAACCUCAGCAUCCCUGGGAGUGACAUCAUGCGGGCUGACUACAUCCCGAGCCACCGGCACAGCGCCAUCAUCGUGCCGUCCUACCGGCCGACCCCCGAUUAUGAGACAGUCAUGCGGCAGAUGAAGAGGGGGGUCGUGCACACGGACAGCCAGAGCCAGUCCCUGCGAAACCUCAACAUCAUCAACACCCACGCCUACAACCAGCCAGAGGAUCUGGUGUACAGCCAGCCUGAGAUGCGGGAGAGGCACCCCUACACUGUCCCUUAUGGGCCCCAGGGGGGCUACGGUAACAAACUGGUCAGUCCGUCGGACCAGAUCAACCCAAAGAAUACCACGGUGCCAAGCAAGCCCGGGGCAAGCGCCAUCUCACACACGGUGAGCACCCCGGAGCUGGCCAACAUGCAGCUCCAGGGCACCUAUAACUACAACACGGCCCACAUGCUCAAAAACUAUCUCUUCCGGCCACCACCCCCCUACCCACGGCCCCGCCCCGCCACCAGCACCCCGGACCUCGCCAGCCACCGCCACAAGUACGCCAGCGGCAGUAGCCCCGACUUGGUGACUCGCAAAGUGCAGCUGUCCGUGAAGACCUUCCAGGAGGACAGCUCCCCCGUGGUGCACCAGUCUCUCCAGGAGGUGAGCGAGCCCCUCACGGCCACCAAGCACCACGGCACGGUGCACAAGCGCCACAGCCUCGAGGUGAUGAGCAGCAUGGUGCGGGGCAUGGAAGCCAUGACCUUGAAGUCGCUCAACAUCCCCAUGGCCCGCCGCAACACUCUGCGAGAGCCGGGGCCGCCCGAGGAGGUGCCGGGGAGCCACGAGGUCCCCCAGCUUCCCGAGUAUCACCACAGGAAGACUUUCUCAGAUGCCACGAUGCUGAUCCACAGCAGUGAGAGCGAGGAGGAAGAGGAGGAGGCUCCGGAACCGGUGCCCCAGAUCCCCGCGCUCCGCGAAAAGAUGGAGUACAGCGCCCAGCUGCAAGCCGCCUUGGCCCGGAUUCCAAACAAGCCCCCACCCGAGUACCCCGGACCCAGGAAAAGCGUGAGCAACGGGGCGCUGGGCCAAGACCAGGUGUGCCUUCCUCCCGCCAUUGCCAGGGCCAGGGUCCUGAGGCAGGGGCCAGCCAAGGCCAUCAGUAUCUCCCGGGCUGACCAGAUGGCCAUCAACGGGUCCUCUCUUGGUCCAUCCAUCUCAGAGCCCGACCUGACAAGUGUGAAGGAGCGGGUCAAGAAAGAGCCUGUGAAGGAGAGACCUGUGUCUGAAAUGUUCUCCCUGGAGGACAGCAUUAUAGAAAGAGAGAUGAUGAUCCGGAAUCUAGAGAAGCAGAAGAUGGCAGGCCUGGAGGCACAGAAGAGGCCACUGAUGUUGGCAGCCUUGAACGGACUCUCGGUUGCUCGGGGCUCGGGGCGGGAAGAAAGUCGCGUUGAUGCCACCCGAGUUCCCAUGGACGAGAGGUUCAGAACCCUGAAGAAGAAGCUCGAAGAGGGAACGGUGUUCACAGAAUAUGAGCAGAUUCCAAAGAAAAAGGCAAAUGGCAUUUUCAGCACAGCAGCUCUGCCAGAAAAUGCUGAGCGCAGCCGUAUCCGGGAGGUUGUCCCCUACGAGGAGAACCGCGUAGAGCUCAUACCGACCAAAGAAAAUAACACAGGCUACAUUAACGCCUCCCACAUCAAGGUGGUGGUUGGUGGGGCAGAAUGGCACUACAUCGCCACUCAAGGGCCUCUGCCACACACAUGCCAUGACUUCUGGCAGAUGGUGUGGGAGCAGGGAACGAAUGUGAUCGCCAUGGUCACCGCAGAGGAGGAAGGCGGACGAACCAAGAGCCACCGAUACUGGCCCAAACUGGGUUCCAAGCACAGCUCAGCCACCUAUGGCAAGUUCAAGGUCACCACAAAGUUCCGAACGGAUUCCGGUUGCUAUGCAACCACAGGCUUGAAGGUCAAGCACCUUUUGUCUGGGCAGGAAAGGACAGUGUGGCAUUUGCAAUAUACUGAUUGGCCAGAUCACGGCUGCCCAGAGGAUGUCCAAGGAUUUUUGUCCUACUUGGAGGAGAUCCAGUCGGUCCGUCGCCAUACCAACAGCAUGCUGGAAAGCACCAAGAACCAGCACCCCCCGAUAGUGGUCCACUGCAGUGCUGGGGUGGGAAGGACUGGUGUGGUCAUCCUUUCUGAGCUGAUGAUCUACUGCCUGGAGCAUAAUGAAAAGGUGGAAGUGCCCAUGAUGCUGAGGCUUCUCAGGGAGCAAAGGAUGUUCAUGAUCCAGACCAUCGCUCAGUACAAGUUUGUCUACCAGGUCCUCAUCCAGUUCCUCCAAAACUCCAGACUCAUUUAACCCCCUGCUUCAGCUCCUGGAAGAGGCACCCAGCUCCAUCUUACAGAUGGGGAAGCACCUCCAGACAACAUCUGCUCUCCCAGCAGGGCGCGGAUGGCCGGAGCAGGCAGGUCAUGGGCUCCCUGAAGACAGGAGCCAAGAUCAUUCACAAACAUCAUGUAUUAUUUUAUAUGAGAUAAUUUAUUUCUCCCCCCUUUGGAAUAACUUUUAUGAAUCAUCGUAAUGCAGUUUUCACAAUAAUAUAGUACUUUUCAUCUGAACCACAUUUUGACCAAUCUGCGUUGUAAUAGGUCAGUAGGGAGGGUUGCCUGGUGGAUUAUCUGGGGGACAGAGGCAUAAGGGAACACAUCUCUAGUGAAGUUGCAGCCAGAUUUGUAACCAGCCCUGAAAUUUGUCAGCCUAAUUGCUCACGUCCAAAUCAAAGAUGGCAAGAAAAUGAGUUCAUCCUAAAAUAUAAAGAGAAGGGCUAAGACCCCUUCCUGAAGGAGAAGAACAACACUCUUUUCUUAUAUUUGGGGGCUCCUGCGGCUUGAUGGGCAGUUCCUUCCCUUUCCCCUUUUUGCCCUCUCCCUCAGUAGUCUCUUUCUUCCUCCCAGGCUUGAGUUAAAGACAGGAACAGCUAGAGGAAAUGCUUCCUUUCCAAUGCAGUGAUUGCCAUUGCCCGGGAAGAAUGAGGACCCUGUGUUGUAUCUUUCUCAACCACCCCUUAUUCUGGGCUCCGGAGCCUGGUCCCCUGCUGGAGACUGCACCCUUGAUAUUUGCUGCUUCUCCCUGUUGGCUCAGUGGACCCUAGUCUGGUGGCCUUUGAGGCCCUGGGCCAGGCCGCCUGUGCAGCUAGGCUUCUUGCCUGAUUGAGAGAAGAUAACAGACCAGUGUGGGAGAGAGAGGAGACAGGCAGGCCCUUGAUAUUGUUUCUUGUUUAAAUAUGAAGUGUGUGAUGGGGAUCUGAAGGUCAAGGUGCUGGGUGCCAUGGAAAGGUUCUAAAGGAGACGGUUGGGAAAGCUGAUGGAUGGGGGCUCUUUGGCACUCAGGUGGCAGGGGCCCCGCCAGGAGCCACCCCAAGUGUUAUCCCCACAGUGCUGCUAGCGUCUCCAGCCUUUGGCCUGCAGAAGCAAAACUAAGCCCACCCAGGGCCUUGCGGUCCAAAUCUUGGCCCACCUGCUGAACGAUGGUGAGAUUUCGGCUGCUUUCCUUUUCUCCAUACAGCCCACUCUGGUCAGUUGUGGUAUUAACCCUGCCCUCAGUUUGAAGCUCAGUCCUUAGUUCGUCUCCUUCUGUGCCUUCAUUGGUCACUGUCCUUCUGAAUUUUGUAGGUUAGUACACAGUAAAUCACGUUGUGCACAUUUUCCCUCUUGCUGACUUCUGGGGAAUUCUUCCCUCUACUGUCUAGUUUUUCCUGAUGCAACUUUUAAUUGUGGCUUUGUUCUUAAAAUUGACUUGGUGUUCCAUGAUGCCUUCUUCCACUGCUACCUUUUUUUUUUUUUUUUUCCCCUACUGAGCUGCAAAUGCAAAGAAAGAAUGGCAUCCAAUCGACCAGAAAGAGUGCGCCUUUGUGGCUUCCGGUCACCACAACAGGCGGGUGUGGAAGCAGAUUCCUGAUGAACUGCUUUGGAGUAUGAAUCAACUUGGUUUCACAUCUGGCCAGGUGUUACAGUGGGGGUUCUCUGUAUUUGGACUCAGUAUCUGGCGAUGGAGGGCCUCCUACCUUCUCUUCCAGGGUCUAAAGAAUCAGUCAAGGAGUAGAACUUCAGCUGAGCGCCAUAGAUUCUGGAAUUUUGCUGUGUGAUCUGAAAAAGAAAACCACUAGUAUGACGUGUAUUUUCAGUGGAUCGGAGCUCGUAACCCUCACCAGGAGACGCUCAGAAAUUGGAUCAUCAGCAAGCAAAGAGGUACUGUUGCCUUUUCCUUUAGGGGCUUUCCAUCCUUGGGAUAGUCUGCUGUUAGGGAUGUCUUAACAGUUGGUCUGCCGUUACUGGUUUAUUGUUUGAGGAGCCACAUCGGUAUUUCUCUUUCGUCUCUCAGGCCCCGAUGUGGGCAGUGUUAAAAUGUCUCGUGUGGGCAGCGUGUAGAUCUGCUGUCUCUUUGAGCUCCUCACUCACGGCCCUCCUUUCAACUCAUCCACUGUUGCCACUUGGUGCUCCGGGAAUAUUCGUGAACGCACACAAUGCAAAGAAGCAGGUUCAGUAUCCAAUUUCCGGGCCAAAGUUUGUAUUGGAACUCAAAGGAAAACAUUUAAAAGUGAUUCCCCAUAUUUUGUUUUCAAAAACAAAUGCCUUUGGCCCUUGAGCCCAUUUUGCCUUCCUUUUCACAUCUCCAGUAGAUGCCAACCUAUCUCCUGUUAAUUUAGCAGCAGCCAUUUAAAGUCCUUUCAGUGGCAUCUCUGCAUAAUAAUUGCCCAGAGAUGCUUUAUAUCCGGGAAGCAAGCCAAGGAAUAAACCUUGAAGCAAAGUGUACUGAAUUAGUUAUCUAGUUAGAGCUUUUGGAGUGAGUUCCUGACGAUGUAUCAGGUCUGAAGCUGGAGCUGUCGGGGUCUGUUGCUGCAGUGUCCACUUGAAGGGAGAAAAUCAAAAAUGGAGGGGAAAAAAAAAUAUAUAUAUAUAUAUACCAUCUUACAACGAAGCCAUCCAACACUUUCAGGCCUCUGGUUUUGCAGUUUUUCCAGUUGAAACGUUUUGUUUCUUUCAUCCACUCCCAUUUGGAUAUAUUGACCCAGUGUUCAUCCUUGUUUACUGUGGUCCCUGAACCAGGGGGCGCUGAGUUUAACGUCUUCAUCCUUGAGCUGAGCCGAGCCUGCUUGCAAAGCCGAACCGUGUCCUGUUGGGCUUUACUGGAUUCCUUGGGCUUUAAGGGGACACCACCUUUUGGUCUCCUUUACAUUUAGACACCACUUUCCCUGGAUAGGAAGUAAAGGAGGAUUUGGCAGCUUUAGGCAGGGGUGUCAAACGUGGAAUAUUCUGAGUAAUAAACUUCCAGGAACCCUAACUAGAGAGAAUUUUACUUCUGCAACCUUUGUGGUCCUAGAUUGGGAAGAGGAACUAUUUUUGGACUGUAAUUAGUCAGUUAUUGUUCGCCUCCGAGUCCUGUGGCCAUCUCUGGCCCCUUCCCCCAUCGGCCUGGAGAGAGGGUCUUUGUGGGCUCCGCUGGGUGACAUCCUGUGGGACUUGCCCAGGACUCACUUAACCUUUAUCCUGCCUACACUUAGCUUUUGCGGUUCUGUUAUAAACACCAGUGGGUACAGUAAGUCAGCACUUUUAUCCAAUUGCCUACCUUUCUUAUCUUUUCCAGCUUCAUAUAGGUCGACCCAUAUGAAAUUUCCAAUAUUUGGACCAUAUUUUCCUUACAGUAACAGAAAAUUCACAUGGAUCAACCUAACACGUACAGUUUGUUUCUCCUCCCCGAUUAGUGUGGAUCCCAACGCGCCAUAUGUCAUUUCUCAAGUGCUAAUGAACGCGGAAGCAUGUACAGCGGGCGGCUUGGCUCUCUGUGAACUCAUUGCCUUGCUACGGCAACCCUCGCCUCGCUCGAGUGGGCCAUCUCCUGGGGCUUGGAGUCACUCUUUGCAGGGUGCACUUUGGAUUCUCAUAGGCAGGGUUGGCCAUCAGGCACGUGACUGUGGGGUUUUCGGCUGCCAUCCUUUCUUGAUGUACAGUCUGUAUUAGCUGACCUCAGCCCAGUGGUUAUGGAACACAACAUGUGGGCCCGAGGCGUCCAGAGUCACAAAGCAGAAUGUGCUUUUGAAUCUCUCUUCCCCACUUCCAGUGGUGUGUGAAACGGAGAAAGCAGGUAUAGUUAUUGAUUUUCUUUGGAGGGUAGAUCUGUCAGCCACUUGAGGUCAGGGGGUGGGCAAAUGCAGGGACCUUCUAAGAUGUGUGCCGGGGAGCUUAGACUCAAGGGUUGGGGAUUGAGUCAGAGCCAUAUUAGUGUUAAUCUACCCUUCAUUCCUCCUUCGUGUCGGGAGUAGCUGUCGGGAUCCAAGAGUAAGAAAUUUCCAGAAGCACCAAGUAAUUACUGUUGGGCUCUUAAGGUGGCUCUUUGUGGGAAUACAGCUUCCUCUUGUUUUACCAAAGAUACUUCUGCAACUGUGUUUUAUUUUAUUGCCUAUGGAUUUUAUCAGACACUCAUCAUGCUCUUACUUAGUGAUUUCUUUUUGUGAGCAAAGUACCAACUCAUCUAGCACUGAUUGCAAAUGGAGAAAUUUGGGGUUUUCAUGGAGACUGCAGAAAUUUUCCAUUGGUCUAGAGCUUUACGGGUGACAAAUUAGUUGGCCCUAUAGGGUUGAAAUAAUCCUACUCGGCCCUAUAGGGUGGAGAUCUCUAGGCUGUUAAAUUAUGUUUGACGCUUCCGGUGAACUCUGAGCAAGCAAGCACAGUGGUUCUUGUCUUUGCCUCAGCUUCUAAGCCAUUUGGGGCAAACGCCCUUACAGAUGCAUCUACUGAAAGGAACAGCAACAUGCCUGGGAGAAAUGGGCAGGUAUAGCCAAUCAAGUUCUGCCAACUCAUACGUGUUGCCCCGAAAAUCGCUGUUCUUCAUGGGGUCCUGAGGAACUCGACGGCCUGCUUGCCCUACACUCAACCUUUAUCCUGCCUGCUCUCAGCUUUUGCAUUUCUGUUAGAAACUCAGAGGCGUGAGUGUUUCUAUCCAGCUUACUACCUUACUUAUUUUUUUCCAGCUUAAAAUGGCUGUGGCUUCUUCCUCAAGGCCAAACUGAAAGGUUCUCUAUUGAAAUGUCCAUGAGCCUGGCAUUGAAUAUCUGGCAUCAGUUGAUUUCACAGGACUGCAUAAUUUAUUGUUGCUUUUUGGUGCAGUACAAAGGAGGAUGUGCAUCAGUUCCUACUGUUUGGAGCUUUGAUCAGCCCGCUCAUUUUAAAAAUAAAUUCAAGGACGUUUCGUUCUAAGACAGGAGGGCAAAAGCUGAUGGGCAGCCUGAACAUGAGAACGCAUCUAUCUAGAAGGUCACUGUUCCUUCUGCCACGCUCUGGGCCAUCAAGAUCAUUCUUUCCAAAAAAUGCCAUAAGCUUUACGGAUCAGCUCUCGACAGCACUCCUUUUCUUUCCUUUCCCUACCCUUUUAGUAGCUCCUACAAAGCAGCUGAAUCUAGUCAUAGGUAAUCACUCUCUUAAAUCUCUCCAAAUUAUGUAAUUUGGAAAUCUAAUUUUAAUCCUGAAAAGCCUUAUAUAGUUUCAAAAAAAAUUUGGCAUUUAUGUAGUUUCAAGGAAUGAAAUCUGGCAAAGGGAAAUAACCAUAAUGAAAAUAGCUAGGCGCCGUCGGCAACCAGGAAGCUGUCUUUACCCCCUUCCUCCCCUUGGCGACGGGCACUGUCACUCAGUACUAGAAGGAGUGGAAGACAAGCUGGAUCGAUGGUCAGUCCUGUUUAGGACAAAGGUUGCACCGCUCCCUCAGGCUUCUUUUGAGGCGAACUGACGUGGAGCCACAGCGGCUGCCUUUGGCAUCAUGGCACGUGUAGUCGGAUUAAUUUGUUUCUAGCCUCCUCCUGCUGACUCCGUUCCCUUCACCGUCACCUCUACGCAGCCUGGCCCAUCUGCUGAAAUGGGUGUAGCUCUGGGCUCCGCAGGGACAUUUAUACGUUGCCUUGUGAGCCGUCCUCCGCUGUCUAGGGAGGGGCAGGACACGCUAUUCAUCCAGUCUGCAAUGUGUCCUAUUUUUUCUUCCUAACCUCCUCCUUCAGGGAAACACAGAGGCUGCCUCACCUGACAGAGGUUUUGGGAAAAAGCUGAAAACAUUAGAUUGGGGUCUUUUUGUGCCUUAGGGUGGAACUAGUUUGCUAACAUCUAAGGAACCCUGCUCUGCAUUGAGCUCAGCUGGCUCUCAGAGCAGAGGUGCUUGGCGUUCUCAGCAUUUCUCAGGGGCCUCCCACCUCCCUGAACUGUAUGUAGUGUUAGCUAAUAAAUACAUACCUUCAGCUUAGAACUGAGAGCUGUCGUUCAGAGCCAUUUUUCCCCCCCAACUUGGAAUACCGUAAAAUGUUAUCGCAACUUCCUUUGACUGAACUUUCUUGCCAGUUUGAAAUCUUAAAAAUCUAUUAAACUUAUCCUUUCAAAAGUAAGGUUACUCUUCAUCAGAGAUGCUUUCCUGUGUAUGUCCUUUGUUCCUUCAGUAGUCAGCUAACUUGCUUGAGGAUAUGUAAAUGGGGAAAAAAAGGUUUACAUAUGCAGAUGACUAUUAGGUAACCUUAGGUAAUUUGUGUUACAUCAAGUAACAUGUUGAUCUAUUUUGUUUCAUUGGACUAUUGUCGUGAGACUUAAUUCAGUAUUUUCAUGCUUUCCUUGGUCUGUGUUUUAUAAAAUGUUGUGAAUUGUUUUAUGAUUCAAACCAAUUGACAUUUAAUAGGUCUCAUUUCGAACGUACAGACAAGUCCCUAAUGUAGAAACCAGUUUGUUCUUAAGGGUCUUAGGUCAGCCCACAGAAGCCUUCUGAUGUCCAAGAUGGCUGAAUAGCAGGGCGGUGUCAGCCAGAUCUGGCUGGCAUGGGCUGACCUAGACAUUGAACCACCGUUGCUGUGAGAAAUGCAUUCCAGAUAGGGGCUUGGGAUCCUGAUAACACAUUCUUCUCCCCGUGGUGGGCACUUGCUACCUUGCAAGAUGAAGGUCCAGUCUCUUCACUACAAGCUAAUUGUAAGGGGAGAGAGGGAGUGAGACAUUUAUAGGACGUUCCCUAAGUUGGGGAGUGAUUAAUAUUCACAUGUCAACUUUACUUUGGUAUAGACUCCCUCUCAAUUUAAUAAUAUUAAAAGCCUUAAAUAAAAUUAUGCAUGCUAUUCUAUGUGCUUUUUUAUAUCAGUAAAUAAGCUUAUGCUUGCCAGUUUUAUACACAAUUAAGAGGUGUAUGAAACUGACUUUUGACAGUAUUUUUGCACUGUUUCCUAUCUGUUUUUAUAAAGUCUUUAGCUACUGGUCCUAGUUGUGUAUUGUUUAUGUUCUCACUGCCCUUGUUAUUGCUGUAAAAUGUUUCAUAUGUGCCUUUACAAAUGUGAGAUCUUUAUUCUAACCUUUUUUUUGUAAAAGAUAUAUCUAUUGACUUCCAAAUGCAAUAAACUUUUUUUUUUUUUC